AUGAAAGGAAUUAAAUUGUAAUAAUAUGCUUCAGGCGAAGAAAAAACUUAAAUGAAUACAUUUUAUUGCCUUAUAUGCAAUUAAGAGGCGAGUAAUAGAUAACUUGUAGAUUUUUAAAAGCCAUCUUAAGGAUAAUAUUAAGAAUAAAUAUAUGAUAGGAUUUAAGCUAACAAUAUUUAUAAAACUGAUAAUGCUAAAUAGCAUUACAUUAAUAUUUUCUGUUAAGAUUGCGAAUAAAAGUUUAAUACUUAAGAAAAUCAACUAGAUAUUUUUAGGAAACUUAUUGGUUUCUUUGAAGAUAGUAGAUAUUAAAGUAGCUAAGAAUGUAAUAACAAUUAGGCAUAAGUUAAAGAUUAAAAAAAGCUUAAAAUAAAAGAUUUAAUUAGACUUAUAAUGCAUAUGUUCAAUGAGAUUACUGGCAUAGCAUAAAUAGUUUACUCAUCUUUUCUUUAUAAUCCAAUUUUAUAAAAUAGCCUAUAAUAAGAAAAAAACCUCAUUUAUAACAGUAAAUUGCAAAAGUUUAUCUGUGAACAUUAAAAAUAUUCAGUGUAAAACGAAUCUAAAAAGGAUUCUUUUUUAGAUAAGGAUUGUAUGUAAAUUAAUUAAAUAGCUCAAGAUGAGUGCUUAGAAGCUGAUAAAGAAGGAUAAGAUAAGAAAUUUAUUAAUAAUUUUUAUAUGGAUUCACCAUUUACUAAAGCCCCAAAAAGAAAGUUCAAGCAGUAAUCAGUGGAUAUUCAGGACACACAGUUAGAUUCUUUAAAAUAUACUGCAAACAACAGAAAACAAUAAGCAAAUGAAUCAGAUAGAUUUUGCUUAUUUAGUGCCUCUCAAGAUUUCUUGUAAUAGAGAGAUUAAGAAAUUAAUUAGAAAGUAAAUAAAUCUGUUGAACAGAUUGAAUUGAACUUGCUAUCUAAAAAACCUAAAUAAAAUAGUACAAAACCUAAUAUUCCAUAAUUACCAUCUAAAAGGUAUUAAGGUACUCAUAAGUCAGUAGGCAAUUCUGAAUAAAUGUAAAAAUUAAAAUCGACAAAUGCAAAUAAUACACUUAACAUAUCUAUAUAAAGUAAUAUUGAUUUUGGAAAUAAUAGCUUUUUUACCUAGAGUCCAUCAGUGAUACAUAUGAUGGGAACUUAAUCUAGUCAAAAUCAAAGUAUAACUAACAAUAAUAAUAAACUUUUUUAAGAAUUUCACUCUUCUAAAAAUUCAGCUCAGUAAAUUUUAUUUGGAGAAGGUCCAGCAAGCAAAAAGCUUCUGGAUAUCAAAUAAAGCUUACAAAAAUAAAUAAAUUAAUCCUCAAAUUAUUUAAAUAAAAAGAAUAAUUUAUAAAAAUUAAAUAAUCACAGCUCAGAUUAAAUAUAAACUAGUUAAUUAUAAAAGGCAAAUAUCAUAAAAAGAUCAUCUCUUAUUUUAAAUGAUUCAAAACCAAUGGAUAAAAAAAAAAUUGAAUUGAACCAUUUCUAAUUUUACUCAAGCAACAAUAUUCAGAAUGAGUAAUUCAUGAAUGAAAAUACUAACUAAGUGUUAAUAAAUUGUAAUUCUUAAAAUAAAAAAAUUAAAAACGAUUUAAAGAAUAGUAGCUCAUAACUUCCAGUAUCUUAAAAUUCAUCUUAGAAUUGUGUUAAUUCUACAAACUACAUAUCAAAUAAAUCUAAAUCUUCUGAUGGAAGUGCUCUAGAAAAUGUUUAGCUAACUGAAAGAGCUUCUUCAUCAAUGAACGUUACUACUGUUUAAAAUGAAAUGCAAGCAAAUAAUAUAUAAGAUGUCAGCAGUAUUUAAGGAUUUAUAAAUUUAGCUUGUGAAGGUUCGCCUCAAACUCCUACAAAUUAGUCUGAAAUAAAUAUCAGCUAAUAUAAAGACUUCUAUAAAAAUGAAAAUUAAAAUUAAGCUUUAGGAAAAGAUAAGAAACCAGAAUUGUCCAAUAAUAUUCCUAAAACUUUAAAAUAUAGAAAAACAACAAGUAAUUAGAAUGUGACAAAUAAUAUCCUUUUUAAUUAGGAGAAUGUAACACAAGAUUAACAAAUCCUAAAAGAUGAUGAAGAUUGUACUAUGGAUAAAAAAUAUAAAUUUUACAAAUUUGGUUUUAAUUCAAGUAAUGAUAAUAGCAUCAUGGGAGGACUAAAGAGUUUAAAUAAUUCUGUGAAUAUGUCAUAUUUAAAUAAAACUAUUAUAAAUGAUAAUAAUCUUUCUCAGUCAACCAUCAUGAAUAAUUCUAAAUAUCACACAACUACACCUAUACAAGAAAAAAUUAUCAUUAAAAGUUUAAUGAAAAGUGAAUAUGGUUCAAACUUUAACAAUAGUGGCUUUCAUUUUGAAAGAGUAGGUGUUAUUAAUGAAGCAAAAUACAUUAUUAGUGCACAGUGGUGGAGAGAGUGGAUGGAAUACGUUGGGUUUAAUGAAAGUGCCUAAUGCUUUUAAGAGAGCGAUAUUUAGAUUCGCAAAGAGCGUCCUAAAAAGCUGAAAAACAAAUGUUUGUUAAAGGGAGAGUAAUUAUACAAUUUUAAAAAUACAAAAAAUAUCGAGUUAAAAGAGAAUCUCUUAGAACACUAUGACUAUGAAGCAGUACCUAAAUCGAUCUUUUGUUAUAUUAAAAUGUGGUAUGGAGUUGACUACGAAAUAAUUAGAUUCUUAAAAUAUGAUGCCUCUUAACCUGUAGAUAAAUCAGUCUAUCUUGAUUUAUAUCCAGAAAAAAUACUUGCUUUCUCUCUGCCAAUAGGGAUUAGAAAAAGAUCUAAAAAUAGCACAAUAGGAUCAACGAAUACUGAGAAAACAAAUAACUUGAGAGAAGGAUAAACUCAGAUUUCUUAAUCAAAUAAAACUCUCCCUUCAAAAGCUAAUAAAAAUGAAAAGUUAAGCUUGACAGAAAAUAAUAUAAGUAGCACAUCUCUUUCUAGAGCUAAUAAAUAUGAAGACAAACGAACAAAUUAAAAAAAUAGAAAUCACCAAAGCUUAGAUAUUGAUAAAAUAAGUGUAACUAUGAUAGAUUCAAAUAAGAAAACUGUUUAAAAUGAGUAAAAUGACACAAUUGUAGGACAUAAUUCUUAACGGUCAGUGGCUUAAGAAAAAUCAAAGGCUUGUAAUAUUUUUUGA